CAUUCACUCUCACUCUGUAAGACACCAAAUCCCAAACAAACUUCUCUGAGUGCACCCCGCAUUUUGAUUUCCUUCUCUCUCUCUCUCUGUCUCUCUUCCUUUCCACAAACCGUUUUCUCCCUCACGUUUUCUCUCUCUGUUUUUCUAUGUACUGCUAUCUAUCAGAUAUGAGGAGGUGAGGAGAGAAAUAGAGGAAUCAACUCUCAUGCUGAUUAAAAAUGGAAACCAUUUCAUCUGCGUUGGUUUCUUUACUGCUAUUCCUUCCCGUUUUGCUCCUGUUUGGUUGCAUAAAUAAAAAUAUCUUCUCUGUUAAUUCUGCUCCUAAAUUUGAAUACACAACAGUUUUCUCAGUUCCAAUCGUUGAGUUACAAACAAAAGCAAUAUCAAUCAGUACCAGCUCUGAUCAUCAUCACGAUGAUCCAAUCCUCACCGUUUACAAUUCUGCUGCUCCAUCUAACAACACCACCGUACUCAAUGUAACUGAAAAUGUGAAGAAGAAGAAGAAUGUGAAGUUGAGCAAAGAAGAAGAAGAGAUGGAGCACGGACUUGCAAGAGCUCGAGCUACCAUUAGAAAGGCAGCUUCGUUAACUGGAAACAUUUCGAGGAUCGUCGCUGACGGUGAUGAAAACGACGUCGCCGGUGCUAUUUAUCUUAAUGCAAGAGCAUUUUAUCAAAGUUACAUGGAGAUGGAGAAGAGAUUCAAGGUCCACGUGUACUCAGAAGGAGAGCUACCAAUUGUCCACGACGGGCCAUGCAAAGACAUAUACACAAUAGAGGGGAGGUUCAUACACGAGAUGGAGCAUGGAGCCAAGAGGUUUAAAACAAGGGAUCCUCUACGAGCUCAUGUUUACUUUAUGCCUUUCAGUGUCGCAUGGAUGGUCAAGUAUCUCUACAAGCCUCUGACCUACGAUCACACUGCAAUGAAACAAUUUGUGGCUGAUUAUGUGAGAGUGGUAUCAAGCAAAUACCCCUUUUGGAAUAGAACUCAAGGAGCCGAUCACUUCAUGCUUUCCUGUCAUGAUUGGGGUCCCCAUGCUUCCCACGGCAAUCCUUUCCUUUACAAUACAUCAAUACGUGUCCUGUGCAAUGCCAAUAGCUCAGAGGGUUUCAGCCCUCGAAAGGACGUGAGCCUUCCUGAAAUUCACCUCUAUGGUGGCAAUGUACCCCCCAAACUCAUCUCACCUCCACCAGCCACCAGCCCACGCCCCUACCUUGCAUUCUUUUCCGGUGGGCUUCAUGGCCCCAUACGCCCCAUCCUCCUAGACCACUGGAAAGGCCGCGACCCUGAUCUUCAAGUCCAUGAGUACCUCCCUAAAGACCUGGACUACUAUUCAUUUAUGCUCCGGUCCAAGUUUUGUCUGUGUCCAAGUGGUCAUGAAGUGGCUAGUCCAAGAAUUGUUGAGGCCAUCUAUGCUGAAUGUGUGCCUGUUAUUUUAUCGGAUCAUUAUGUGCUCCCCUUCAGUGAUGUCUUGAGAUGGGAGGCCUUUGCAAUACAGGUGAAUGUAUCAGAGAUACCAAGAUUGAAGGAGGUAUUGAUUUCUGUUCCAGAAGAGAAAUAUAGGAGGCUUAAGGAGGGUUUAAGAGCUAUUAGGAAGCAUUUUGUGUUGAACCAGCCCGCUAAGAGAUUUGACGUGUUCCACAUGAUUUUACACUCCAUUUGGCUUAGGAGAUUAAAUUUAAGACUUGUUUAGGUAUAUUUUAAUACCCAAUAUACACAUGCUAAUCCUAUACAUAAAAUAGAAAAAAGUUAAAGUGUAAAACAGUACGUUUGAGUUCCCCAUUGACA